CUGCAACCACUCUUCAACUCCUCUCUGAUCAAACUAAAACUAUUGUCAGUCAGAAAGCUAUAAGUGAAAGUCUAGAUCUAGGUCUAGAUCUAGAUCUCCAAGAAAUGAUAGAAAUAAUAAAUGUUCUAAAUGCCAUUUUAGUUUACAAGAUAAAAAUGAUGAAGGUGAUAUAA